ACACGACAAACAAAGUUACCGCUACAUCCCCGUCUGUUCCGUGUGCGUACGGCUGCUUAAUGACAAUGUCGCAUUUAAAGUAAUAACGGUCAAUAUAAAGUGUGUCCGCCGCUCACUACGACGGCCGCUGCACAAAUAAUAAGUUUUCUUUGUGUGGCAGUAGUGAGCUGACGUCAGGUCGGUUUCCUUGAAGUGGAGCUGAAUAAACCUUGAGAAGAGUCUCCUUCAAUCUGCUGUUAGUAACUAACACACACACACACACACACACACGGGCGCACUCACACACACGAGACUCAAUUACUGCCCAAUUCCCUUCUUUAUCAUUCGUCCCCCGACCUCUCUUUCAUAACCAAAACCGACCAGGGGGGUGAAAAAAAAAAGAGUCGAGAAGAAGACCGAACCGAAGUGACAGUUGAACUAAAAAAAAGCCCACGUUGGAAAUAAGUAAAGUGUCGAAAACUAAAAACAAGGUGUUACAGCAGUUAUGUCAAAGAGCUGAAGACAUCUCUUACAAUAUGGAGUCUGGAGAGCGGCUGGCCUCCCCUGCGCCCACCCUGUCUGCUGCUCGCACCUCCUCCCCUGCGGCCUCUUCCUCCUCCUCCUCCUCUUCGUCCUCUUCACCAUCCCCUGCUCCCCACUCUAAGAGCAGCCUGGCCCCGAGCCCCUCAGCACUGGGAUCCACCCUCAGCACCUCUGGCCGUCUGUUUGGGGCAGCAGGAGAGCAGCCCUUUAUUGGCUCAACAUUGUCAAGUGCCUUCCCUCUGGUCAACCACCCAGCCUUCGGAGCCAUCUACACUGCCGGAGCAGGCAGGCCCGAGUUUGGAGGCCUGGGUUCCCUGGGCAUGUCAGCUGCUCUGGCUGCCCACCCCCAGCUAGGAGCUCUCUCUGAGUGGUGGCGAGCUGCUGAAGCCCACGGACGGGGAGCUGCUGCCUUUCUCCCCUCUUUCAUCAGCUUCCCUCCCUUCUUCAGCCCUCACAUUCAGCCCAACCACAGCGCCAGUCCCGUUCAGAUCAGGAUGCCCAGCAAGAACAGCCAUGCCCCACCUAAAGGGGUGAAUGGGGCAGUAAACGGCAGCGGGGUCUGUCCUCCCACCACACAAUCAGGGAUCUUUUCUGCCAGUCCGGCUCCUGUCCACGCAUCAACUAAGCCCACCAAAAAUUUAGAUCCUUCUAACAGUCACCGUAGCAGCCCUCAGAGCAAUCCAGCAGAGUUGGUGGACAAGCCCAUCCACAAAACUAAAGAGAAGAAGCAACGGAAGAAGCCAGCAGACACUUGUGUGGCAAGCAACAGUGAGUCAGGCACUUCCUCGGACAGCUCAAGUGACGGCUCCCUCAGCAGUGAUCUGGAAGACCUGGCAGAGGAUGACGAAGACGACGAUGAUGACGACGAGGAUGACGAAGAGGAGGACAAGCAGAGUGAAUUAUCAGACUCUGAGAAGCGGACAAAGAAGAAAACAAAGGUUUUGAUACCAAACACUGGAACUACAAAGGCUAACAGACCACUCUCUGGGGAACCCCAUGACAAGAAAGACACCAAGUCCCACAAGGUCUCCUCCAACCCCCCAAACCUUGUGCCCUUCCCCUGCUCUGCCUCCCCUCCUGCCUUGUCCCAAACCUCGCCGCUGGCCCUGCACAGCUCCAGGUCCCGGACAGAGGGGCCACAGCAGCACUUCAGUGUGAUCCAGUCCACAGGCCUGGCUGCCAACUCAAAGCCCCUGGCACUCCUCUCUCAGCCCCGCCGGGAGUUCUCACCGUCUUCCUCCCCCAUAGCCCUCACCACAUCUCCAAAGGCCCGCUCCAGCAAUGCCUCUCCCAAACCUCCCAAACUGCUGCCCUCCUCCUCCCCCCAGCACCUGCCCCUCUCCCUCUGCUCCUCCCCUAAGCCUCUCUCUGUGCCCUCUCCACCCCGCUCGACUCUCCCGCUGCCUACCUCCCCAAAACCCUUUGGUUCGACCUCAUCUGUGAGAAGCUCCCAGAAGUCCUCUCUGAAGCCACCUAGGCGCGCUGUUCCUGGCUCUGCCAAAUCCAACAAAAGGAAACAGCUGGAAGCUUCUCUUGCGCAGAUCAGUGAGUUCAGGCUUAAACAGACUCUAAUGUCCCAAGGGCAGACAUUCCCAGCUGAGCUAAAGAAGCAGCAGCAAGGUCCAAACAAGUCUCCCAAGAGGACGUCUCUGUCUUCAUCGCCGCUGCCACCCGCUCCGCCUCCUCCACCCCAGAACAAUCACUCCAACCUCUUCCUCUCGAGUGCCCUGCUGGGGCUCCCCGAACCCCAUCACCCCAAUGGAGUCAUCCAAAGCAUCACUCAGGACGCACCUUUGGCCCUCAUCACCAAACCUCGCAAGGACUCUGCCUCUCAAGGCAAGUCCCCUCAGUGCGACUCCGAUGCGGGGUCGAUGCCUGUCAAUCUGAGCACAGGGGCGAGCAGGACCCAAGCAACUGCCCAGGCUGGGCCUCAGUCACAGCCCUCCACUACCUCACCCCAUGCCACAGGCCAUGGAUCUAGAAAGAACAAGACCCCCAAGGGUAAGGCACAGACACCAGGGCUGGGACCGGGACAGGGACAGGGACAGGGACAGGGACAGGGUCAGGGACAGGGACAGAUACAGGGUCAGGCAGACCCUUUAGCUGCCUGGAAAGGCUUCUCUCAGAACCAUCUGGUACAAUCUCUAGUAGAUUUGUUUCGUGGAGGAGAGCCCGGGAUCGGGAUUCCUGGAGUGAGUAUCCCUGGAGUGGGAAUUCCCGGAAUGGGGAUCCCUGGGACAUGUAACCCCACAGCCGGUCUCCCGGCUAACAAGGAAUCUGACGACUCGGGGGAUGACGAUGAUGAUGAGGAUGACGACCUUGAGGAGGAGGAGGAGGAGGAUGAAGAGGACUCAGAUGAUAGUCUGUCAGAGUCUGACAGCAACUCAGACAGUGAUGUCUCCGGGAAGAAAGUGAAGGAGUUAAAGCUGCUGCCGUCUGGGACAUCCAAAAAGGAGAUGACUCCUCGCAGGCUAACCAAAGGCCCAGAACUACUGAACACCUCAACCAAUCACACCGCCACCAGCUGCUCCCCUCUCAACCUACAGGUCAUCAAGACUCCCACCAUUGUCACCAGCUCCAGUGCCUUGGCCUAUCACAGCUCCCCAGGCUCUUCCUCCUACAGCCUAGCCUCUCCAUUAGGCUUAGGGAAGAGGAAGAGGGUGAUGGAUGAGAAAGAGUUGAUGAUACCUCUGGAGUUGGGGUGGCGGAGAGAAACCAGAAUCAAAUCAGUGGCUGGGCGGUCACAGGGCGAGGUGGCGUACUACGCCCCCUGUGGCAAGAAACUAAGACAGUACCCAGAUGUGAUGAAGUAUCUAUCCAGAAAUGGAAUAAGUGGCAUCACGCGCGAUAAUUUUAGCUUCAGUGCAAAGAUAAGGGUUGGUGACUUCUAUGAAGCCAGAGAAGGACCCCAGGGUUUACAGUGGAGCCUGUUGAAGGAAGAGGAGGUAAUUCCACACAUUUUGGCGAUGGAAGGUCGUCGGGGUCGUCCCUCUAGUUCAGACCGCCAGUCAGCGGGUGAAGGUGGCAAAGGCUCCCGCCGGAGGAAGGGCCGGCCCCCUAAUGUGGGCGAUCCGCUGGUGCCCGAGGGCCCCAGUCCCAGUGAGGUCAAACUCCUGCGCAAACUAGAGGCUCAAGAAAUAGCCCGACAGGCCACCCAGAUGAAACUGAUGAGAAAACUGGAAAAGCAGGCACUGGCGCGUGCAGCCAAAGAAGCUCGGAAACAGCAAGCUAUCAUGGCAGCGGAGGAGAGGCGGAAGCAGAAAGAGCAGAUCAAGAUCCUCAAGCAGCAGGAAAAGAUCAAGCGUAUUCAGCAGAUUCGGAUGGAGAAGGAAGUCAGGGCGCAGCAAAUUUUGGAGGCCAAACGGAAAAAGAAGGAAGAAGUGGCCAAUGCCAAAAUAAUGGAGGCUGAAAAGCGGAUAAAGGAGAAAGAGUUGAGGAGGCAGCAGGCGGAGAUCCUCAAACACCAGGAGUUGGAGAGGCAUAGACUAGAUAUGGUAUGGGAGAGGGAGAGGAGGAGGCAACAUGUAAUGCUGAUGAAGGCGGUUGAGGCUCGCAAGAAAGCAGAGGAGCGUGAGCGCUUGCGGCAGGAGAAAAGGGAUGAGAAGCGCCUGAAUAAAGAGCGUAAACUGGAGCAACGGAGGAUAGAGCUGGAGAUAGCCAGGGAGCUGAAGAAGCCAAAUGAAGACAUGUGUCUGUCUGAUCACAAGCCUCUCCCUGAGUUCUCCCGGAUUCCUGGACUCAUCCUGCCAGGACGCGCUGUGUCCGACUGCCUGAUGCUGAUGCAGUUCCUGCGAGGCUUCGGGAAGGUGUUGGGCCUUGAUUUGAAUUUGGAUGUGCCCACCCUGGGCAUGCUGCAGGAGGGCUUGCUCAAUGUGGGGGACAGCAUGGGCCAAGUCCAGGACCUUCUGGUCAAACUGCUUUCUUUGGCAGUGUGUGAUCCCGGUUUGCCACCUGGACAAAGGACUAAAACCAUGCUGGGGGACCACCUGACCAAUGUUGGAAUCAACAGGGAUAAUGUGUCUGAGGUGCUACAGAUGUACAUGGGAGCCCAUUGUGCCAAUACAGAGCUGGCCCCUCUGGCCCUCAGUCUGAAGACCAAGGCCUUCCAGGCCCACACGCCUUCCCAGAAGGCCUCAAUCCUGGGCUUCCUGGCUAAUGAGCUGGCCUGCAGCAGAGCUGUUAUCAGUGAGAUUGACAAGAGCCUGGAUCAGAUGGCAAACAUGAGAAAGGACAAGAUCAUUAUGGAGGGAAAACUGAAGAAGCUGAGGACCAUUCAUGCCAAACGCACCGGGAGGAGGGAAGCCAGCAUGGGUGUUGAAGAGAACCAGUCCAUCGGCACUCCGUCCUCUGCCGCCAAACGCAAGAGGAAACUGGGCGGAGACAGCGACGAUGACGAUGAAGAGGAUGACGACAGCGAUGACCAGGCAGAGGACGAGGACGAUGAGGAGGAAGAAGAAAUAAAGAAGGUUAAAAAGGUGGAGACAUAUGAUGAGGAUGAAGUUGACCAAGCCACCAGUCUGGAGGAGCUGGAGAAGCAGAUAGAGAAAUUAGCCAAGCAACAUCAUCAGACCAGAAGAAAGCUGUUUGAAAUAUCCCAUUCUCUGCGCUCCAUGAUGUACGGCCAGGACCGUUACCGCCGCCGGUACUGGGUACUUCCCCACUGUGGAGGGGUCUUCAUUGAAGCCAUGGAGAGUGGAGAAGCUCCAGAGGAACUGGAGGAGGAGCGACAGAGGAGGAGGAGAGUGGCAGAGGAGGUCAAGGUGAAGGAGGAACCUCAGGAGAUCGAGUUGCAGAAGGAGAAACCCACCAACCUCGAUGGGCAGAGCAUUCGAAUGCGAGGCUUUGAGGACGAGAAAGAGGAGGACAAAGAGCACGAGGGGAAGAAAAACGCCCUCUUUUACCAGCAGCCAGGCUGUGGAACCAAACUGUGCACAUUCCGCGACGUCAACAAGGACGUCGGCAAAGAAACGACGAUGGCAGAGGACAAGGAGAGUCCCCACGUGAGACAAAACGGCACCAGCCCCUUGGGCACUCCUGUUGCCACAACCACAGGAACAUCAUCCUCCCCCACUCGCAAUACCUCUGAGCCAGCAGUAGCAACAACCCCCUCCAUGGUGACCACUAAUGACACUACAAGCAUCCCUCCCCCGGCCUCAACCUCUUUAUCUGUCCCGUGCCUGCCAGCCCCACGGGAAAGCCCAGGGAACACUCCUCCGACCUCCUCCCCGGCUCCAUCCCCGUACCUCUCAUUCCAAGCCAACGACCAGCUGCUCAGAGUCCUGACGGAGAGGAGCGGACACUGGUUCAGUCUGCUCCCUCGCAACCCCUGUGACCUCACUUCCAUCACCACGCCUCCUCCAGGAGCGCCUCGUGUGUCUCCCCAGGCGUCCUCCACCCCAGCCAGGCCCAGAUCCCCACCUCAGUCCCCUGCCCUGCCUCUCACCCCUUCUGCUGCCUCAGCGUCCGCCAGCCCGCAUCACCCAGCUGGCCUCCUCAACUACCCACUAUCAGCCCUGCAGGUGAAGUCAGGGGCCUCAUUGCAAGGAGUUUCUUUCGGAAGCUGGCCCUGUGGCUUGAUAAGUCCCAGCCUGCCUCUGUGCAGCAGCCCCAAUCCCAUGCUAGGUCACUCUCUGGAGGGCAACACAGCAGCAAGUGUCUCCAGCAAGAGUGAAUCACCUUUGCCUUGCAUCGAGAAAACCUCAUCCAUGCCCUCUCCUGCCCUGGAGAUGCCCAAAUCCCUGGACCACGCCGCACCUCGGCCUAUUCCAGAGGAGAUGCUGACAGGGUGGUGGCGGGUGUCUGACAUCGUGGAGCUGAGGGCUUUAGUCGGUUCUCUUCACAGCCGGGGCAUGAGAGAGAAAGGCCUCCAGAGGCAAAUGCAGAAAUACACAGAGAUCAUCCCCCAGGUUUGCACCAAACACAAAGACGUGGCCAUGAUUGAGCUGCGUGAGCUGGAGGAAAGCCAGGUCAGUGUGGAGUCCGUGCGGGGCUGGUGUGUCGAGGAGCAGGCCAUGGAGAUGGACAUUGCCGUGCUGCAGCAGGUAGAGGAGCUGGAGAGGAAGGUCACCGCCGCCAGCCUGCAGGUCAAGAGGCCUGAUGUCCUCUCCCAGGGCUGGACAUUUCCAGACCCUCAAUCUGAGCGAGAGGACCUGGUGUAUUACGAGCACAAGCCCCCCACCAAAUCAACGCCAGGGACCGCCAACGCCGGAGACAAGGACUCCAAGGAGCACCCGGAGGAGCGGGGGGAGAAGGGCGGGGUGAUGCGUCACCUGGACAACCCGCUGGACAUAGCAGUGACACGUCUGGCCGAUCUGGAGCGCAACAUCGAGAGAAGGUACCUGAGGAGCCCCUUAGGUACCACCAUUCAGAUCAGGCUGGAUAAUGUGGGUACGGUCACUGUCCCUGCUCCUGCCCCAUCCACUAGUGCUGACAGGGAAGGCAGCGAGGAGGAGGUGGCCCAUGGUAUGAAGGUGUGGAGGAGGGCUCUGACUGAAGUGCGUAGCGCUGCCCAGUUGGCCAUGUGUAUCCAGCAACUACAGAAGUCCAUCGCCUGGGAGAGGUCCAUCAUGAAAGUGUACUGUCAGAUGUGCAGGAAGGGAGAUAACGAGGACCUCCUCCUGCUGUGUGACGGCUGUGACAAAGGCUGCCACACUUACUGUCACAAACCCAAGAUCACCAGUAUCCCAGAGGGAGACUGGUACUGCCCGGCCUGCAUUUCCAAGGCAAGUGGCCCUUCUCCCAAAAACAAAAAACCUCCAAGCAAACCAGUAGCAUCCAGCGGAGGAGGUGCUAAAAAAGGUGGAGAGGGGAAGAAGAACGGGAAGCAGGCAGGUAACGGAGAAGUCACGGAGGACGACCCGGCCAGCGCCAGCAGCACGCCCAAGAAAGGAGCAAAAGACACCAGCAGGAAGAGGAAACCAGAUGAGAGCUCACCUGCUCUGCCAGCAGCCAAUCAGGAGAGCCCUGUGUGUGUCAAGAGAGCCAAGACGGCUAGAGACAACAACAGGGACCUGGGAUUAUGCAGGGUGCUCCUUGCUGAGUUGGAGCGGCAUCAGGAUGCAUGGCCUUUUCUCACACCCGUCAACCUGAAAUCAGUCCCCGGCUACAGGAAGGUCAUCAAGAAACCGAUGGACUUCUCCACCAUACGUGAGAAGCUUGUGAGCAGCCAGUAUCAAAACCUUGAGACCUUUAUCAUUGAUGUCAACUUGGUCUUUGAUAACUGCGAGAAAUUCAAUGAAGACAAUUCAGACAUUGGUCGAGCUGGUCAUAACAUGAGGAAGUUCUUUGAGAAGCGCUGGACUGAGCUUCUGAAACAAACAAACUAAAGGUCUGUUCAGAUUCUCUCCAUAAAACCCAUUCAACUUUUCAUACCGGAGCACCAGGUUUUACUUUUGUUUUUAUUUUCUGAUGGAGAAUGUGGCUUUGCAGGAUGGAAGAAGUCAAAUCUUUAAUAAGGAACUCAUGGUGUGCAUAAGAUGAGAUGUCACCUUGGGGAAAAAAAAUAAAAUAAAGUCGUUACAUGAGGUGCGCUGGAUUUUAUUACAACAGGGAUAAAAGCCCCAAAGAGUCCCAGAGAAAUGGGGUGUCGUAGUGCAAUACCAUUCCCUGUCUCAGAACACUGCACUGAAUUAAUCCUCAACUAUCACUGAUGUGUCUGCGCUAGAAGACUUUCCACUACUUGUAAAUAGUCUUUUGUUAUUUAAUCGUAUUAUAGUGAAUGUAUUUAAUUUUGUAAUAAUUAUUUAUGAAUCAAGGUCCACUUCAUUUUCUAUGAAAAGGAAGAAUCAGCUGAACUGCUUUGAAUUAAAAAAAGGAAUGUGUCUUUGUGUUAUAAUUUUUUUUCCCAAAUAUCAAACAAAGCCAAGAAAAAAGAAACUGUUUACACUGUUCAGUGCUUUGGGGCAUCAGAGGACUGUAUUCAUUUGUUCAAACUGUAAAACUGCAUUUAUUUACAGGAACAGCAGAGGGACAGAUAGACAAUGGUGAUUCAUGUGUAUAUACUGUUUAUUAAUGUCAAUAUUAUGUCUUGUUUGGAACGAUGUGUAAAAAUUGUUUAAGAAUAUUAAGAUAUUGUUUAUGCCUUAGAAUGAUUGUAGCAUUCUAUUUUAGUGAACGUGAUGAAAACAUUAUCAUAAAUAUUGUUUGUACAGUAUAUACAUAUCCUCUGCAAACACUGUGGUAUCCUUAAUCUUGGUAGUGCCUACCCUUCCAACAGGGGCAUGUAGGGGAUGUUAUUGUUUUUAGUUUUCAUUCUUAUGACAUCAGUUUUUUUUUUAUUAUGAUUUCAAUCCAACAAGGCCUCCAAAGUUGGACAGUGACAUAGAAAUCAUUCCUCACCAUAGCACCACCAUAAAAAAAAGGAACAACAAGCAUUCAGUUAUGCUUCCAUGAUGCAUUUCCUCGUAAUCUGCCACAAUACAGAGGACCUAAGGCCAUUUGUAACCACUGUGUUGAACCUUGCUGUGUGUUGUGGCCUGAUGGAGGCAGCUAGAUUUUUUUGUACCCAAGUCAAGAGUACUUGAAGUUACUUUAUUUAAGAUAUUGUGGAAUAAAAGUAUCAUUCUUUUGUAGGAGCUUUAUUUUUCACUAGUGUGUGGCACGGACCUAUUAAAAGGAUGUUUUUCAACGUAAA